AUGGCGACCCCAACAGCACCUUUCCAAACACCCCCACCCCUCCCUCCGGGGAAAUCCCAACACCACAUCGUCGUUCUCGAAGGCAUUCACGCCGACAUGCCACCUUUCGACUUCCCGCACACCAUCGCCAUCCACCAACGCAGCACGCCGGCCCAGGUGGCCGAACGGAUCCGCGACGCCACCAUCGUGGUCGCCUGCGUCGUGCCCGUGACGCCUUCCGACAUGGACGGCGCCCCGCACCUGGGCUGCCUGGCCGUCAUGGCCGUCGGGAUCCACUGGGUCGACAAGGCCGACUGCGCGCGCCGGGGGGUGACGGUGACCAAAUGUCCCGCGGGCAACGUCGACGCCGUGGGCGAACACUUUCUGGGCUUGUACUUUGCGUCGCGGAAACGCGUGGUCCAGGUCCACCACAAGGUCACGACGACCGACGAGUGGCGGGAAAGGGGGACGUUGACGAAACUCUGGCCCGACGGUCCUCCCAUGGGUUGUCGCCAGGAAGUUUUGGGGAUCAUGGGCUACGGCACGCUGGGGAAGAGGAUCGCACAGCUCUCCGGGGCCGUCGGCUUCGGCGAGGUGUUGAUCAGUGAGAGGAAGAACGCCUCCGUGGUCCGCGACGGCAGGGUCAAGUUCGACGAGGUGAUUGCCCGGGCGAGCGUGGUCUGUGUCUGUGUGCCCAAGGAAGAUGACACGGUGGACCUGAUUUCGGAGAAAGAAUUCAAGGCGAUGAGGAGGGACGCCUUGGUCAUCAACGUCGCCAGAGGAGGCAUCGUCAACGAAAAGGCUCUGGCGACCGCCUUGAGACAGGGCCGGAUCGCCGGUGCUGCGACGGAUGUGUUGGAGGUCGAACCUGCCGGCGUGGGAUCGGGCCCCUUGACACCGGAUGUCAGUAAAGGGGAGGAAGAGGUUCCCAAUUUGACGAUAUCAUCACAUGUCGCAUGGUUUACACAAACCACAAUCGAGACGUACAAACGCCUACUCAAAGAAGGAAUCGAGGGCUGGGCCAAUGGAACCCUACAAGAGAGCCCCGACAAAGUCAACAGGGUGGUCGUGGUGCAUAAUGGAAAGGUGUGGAAUUGAAGCUGUCUUUCAACAACAACAAUCGUCGCCACCACCACCACCACCAAGACGACCCUAGAGACAAGAAAGAUUUACUUACAAAAAGAUUCUUCUACUUCAGCAAAUUACGAGGAGCCGUCGUGGGGGUACAUCCUACACGUCGGAAGAGAAAGUGCUAGAAUUGGGGCUUGAUGAAAAGUUCGUAGAAGGAUACAACAUGAAAAUCUUGUAGAAGGAUGGAUACACCACCUGGUCGAAAUACCGAUAGUAAUAGAACAAAUACC